CUUCCCGAACCUGGAAACAUGGCGGCGCCCACGGGCCUGGCGUCUGCACUCCUCCGCCUCCGUCUCGGGGCCGCGCCGCACGUGCCCGCCUGCCGUUGCCUCUCUGGCCCAGGGACCUUCCAGCCGCCCCCCAAGCCCGUCAUUGUGGACAAGAGACAGGAACCUGAGCAGGAGCGUAGGUUCUUGAGCCCCGAGUUCAUCCCUCCGCGGGGUCGGACAAACCCGCUCAAGUUCCAGCUGGAACGCCAGGACAUGCUGCAGAGGCGCAAGGUUCUCCACAUCCCCGAGUUCUACGUGGGGAGUAUUCUGGCCGUCACCUCCUCGGACCCUUACGCCAAGGGGAAAACCAGCCGCUUUUUGGGCAUUUGUACACAGAGGUCGGGCAAGGGCCUGGGGGCCACCUUCGUGCUGCGCAACAUCAUCGAGGGCCAAGGGGUCGAGAUCUGUUUCGACCUGUACAGCCCACGCAUUCAGGAGAUCCAGGUGGUCAGGCUGGAGAAGCGCCUAGACGACAACCUCAUGUACCUCCGUGAUGCCCUCCCUGAGUAUAGCACUUUCGAUGUGAACAUGAAGCCCGUGGCUCUGCCCCCUGGCCAGGAGGUGCCUGUGAAUGAGCUCAAGGUCAAGAUGAAGCCCAAGCCGUGGUCCAAGCGAUGGGAGCGUCCCAAGUUCAACAUCAAGGGUAUCCGCUUCGACCUGUGCCUGACUGAGGACCAGCUGAAGGAGGCCCAGAAGUGGAGCCAGCCCUGGCUCGAGUUUGACAUGAUGAGGGAGUACAACACGUCCAAGAUUGAGGCCAAGAUAUGGGAGGAGAUACAGGCCUCUCGAAGGUCCUGAGGUGGUGACCUUUGAGACACCACAUGAGACAGCCUCCUGCUCCCAUCCCCUGUGGGGUCAGCUGGCUUCAGAGGCCAGGUCUGUGCAGUGGGUGCCUGCCAUCCCUCACACUCUGACCUCCUGCCUCAGCCCACUCCCCACCCUCCUCUGAUGGAGGGCAACCAUUUGGUCCUCUCAGAGGAUGUGAGGAAGGCUUUUUUAUUGGCCAGAAUGUCCAUCUUGACUUGACUCCUCCCAUUCUGGAGCCAUGGGCCCUCCAGGACCUGGGAAAGUGAGGACCUGGGUUCACUGUGCAUAUACCCAGCACACUGACUGAUGCCCCCUACUCCCUGAUGAACUUGUGGCGCGCACACGAACAGCACAAUAAAUGUUUAUUGAGCAUCUA